AUGGCAGUCUACCGCACAGACUGCAGCUACGAUCAAGACACAGACCACCGCCGCAAAGGCGCACUUCGCAAAGACAUAGCAUCACUACAGAACAAAAACACAGCGCUCGAUGUCGUCAUCAACUCCUUGUGUGCUCUUCCAGAGCACGAGGCUACUGCACUGUUUCAUAGCCUUCGCCGGGGCGAACGACUCGACAACCUGGCUGAAGCCAUCAAUGCCGGAGAUACCGAGAAACUACGAACACUAGAUACCGAACUCAAUGGACCCACAGGAACUCCAGGAGCCACCUUCCAUACGCAAGCUCCUUCAACACGAAAUGAAUCUUCACGCAGUCCUGUUGAAGGAAAAUGGAAUGAUGCAGGAAGCCAGAGCGCAGCAGCAGAGUCGGCAUCCUCUUGGUUCCGCAUACCUCAAGACGCCGAAUUCGUGGACCAUCUGCUCAACCUCUAUUUCUCUUGGAGCCAUCCGUUCUUCUGCUUCUUCUCCAAGGACCACUUUUUGCGGGAUAUGGCACGAGGUUCGAACAAGUAUUGUAGCGCUAUGCUGGUCAACGCAGUGCUUUCAGUCGCUUGUCAAUACUCCGAUCGACCUGCAGCACGCGAGCGAGCAGGAGACUACUUCUUCGGCGAAGCACAAAGACUUGCCGAGAAUAUCGGUGCGGCAGAAUUGACAUCAGUACAAGCUAUUGCAGUGAUGGCUGUAAGAGAGGGUUCUGCAGGCCGUGACCACAUCAGCUAUCGUCUGAUCGGUAGGGCUGUGCGCCUUGCCAUGGAGAUGGGUCUCCAUCUUGCAGAUACCACUGCAGGAGAACCAAACCUGCGUUCUAGCGAGAUGGACAUUCGAAAGCUGACUUUCUGGGGUGUCUUCAACUGCGAGAUGAUCUGCUGCCUGGCAUUAGGCAGAGUAUCCUCGAUUCCUAAAAAUGCUAUUGAGAUUGAUAAACCUAUGAACUCAGAGAAGCUAGAUGCACUGUUCUGGCAGCCAUACGAGGACGCGAACUUGCCAGUUAGCCCCAGCGCUGUUCAGCCCAUGAAAUGCCUGCUCUUCCACAGCGUCCAAAGCAAGCUCUCUGAGAUGAUCAACGAUAUCAACCUUAACCUUUACGCACCUAGAGAAAGAUUUACACCACGCCGGCUGGCGUCAGCAUACCAUCAGUACCAGAUGUGGUACAGCGAGCUGCCCGAGAUGUUCCAGCUUCAGAACACAGCAAUGCCUCAUGUCAUUUGGGGUAUCAGAUUGCCUGAGGCCACUGCCAACCUAGCACCCUUCCGGUCCCCGGAACUUGAUCAAGCUAUGCCGAACAUGUCACUGUUCUUCACACAAGCUACCCUCAGCAAUGAGUCUAUGGAAUCGCUCGGCGCCCCUCCCACCCAUGGCCACAGUCUCAGACAUGAUUCGGGUGGCAUAUUCGAGCCAUCCUUUGCUCCGCACAACAUGCCAAUCCUGCCGACGACCAGUCAAAUAUCUUUGGGUGCAGGCUCACAGCAUAGCAUGCACUCUACUCCUAUGAACACGACCCCGGUUCAGGCACAAACAAACAUGUGGUCAUCGUUCCCCUCCCAACAGAUGUCUGCACCGAUGCAGCUACAACUUCCGACGGCAGACUUUCAGAUGAUGAACGUUGACCCUUCGACUUCUUUUGGGUACCAGAACUCAUAUCAGCAAAACCAGUGA